AUGGGACCCGCAACGCUGACCUCCGUGAGCGCCGCGGUCGUCGACAAGGUGGAGGUGAAGACCGCCUUGGUCUCCGUCUUCGACAAGGCUGGCUUGGAGGAUUUGGGAAAGUUCCUGGCCUCCAAGGGCGUUCACAUCCUUUCCACGGGCGGCACGGCUGCAAAGCUUCGCGACCUGGGAUGCACUGUCCAGGAUGUCGCCGACUACACGGGGUCCCCGGAGAUCUUGGAUGGCCGUGUGAAGACACUCCACCCCAAGGUGCACGGAGGCCUCCUGGCCGCGCGCGGCAACGCCGGACACGAGGCGGAGAUGGAGAAGCACGGCAUUCGAAAGAUUGAUCUUGUGGUGGUCAACCUGUAUCCAUUCCAGGAGGCUGUUGCCAAAGGUGGGGAUUUCGCCACCUGCAUCGAGAACAUCGACAUCGGCGGCCCAGCGAUGAUCCGAGCCUCCGCGAAGAACAAUGCUGCCGUGACCAUCCUUACCAGCCCCAGCCAGUACGGCACCUUCAUGCAGCAAGUCUCCGACAACGCUGGCUGCACAACUUUUGCUUUCCGCAAGAACAUGGCCGCAGCUGCUUAUGCGCUCACCUCGUCCUACGACUCGGCCGUGAGCGCAUGGAUGGCCGGCGAGGUGACUGAGCCGCCCGCGAAGAAGACCCUCACCUUUGACCUGCAGAUGCCGCUGAA